AACAAAAAAUAAAUAAAUAAAUGUCACGCCCCUUUUAGAGAAUAAUAAAAAAAGAAAAGAAAAAGAAGAAAAAAAUUUAAGCUCUUUUUUAUUGUACAUGUAUGUAUCUUUAUAUUAUUUUAUUGGUUUUUGAUAAUUGUGUAGCUUUACGACAUACGUCGGUGUGUGUAAAAAAGACGUGAUUCGCUAGUGUUAGCAGUACGAUUUCGAUUUCUAGUCCGUUACCGAUUAAACGUAUAAUCUAACCGGUAUAACAUUGCGCCCUUUGUUUUGUGCUGACGAAACUCAACAGACGUCGUAAACGACGCUGAUAUAUUUAAAAUGACUGAAUACAAACUGGUCGUCGUCGGUGCUGGCGGCGUCGGUAAAAGUGCCUUAACAAUACAGUUAAUUCAAAAUCAUUUUGUGGAUGAAUAUGAUCCCACAAUUGAGGAUUCAUAUCGAAAACAAGUAGUAAUUGAUGGAGAAACUUGUUUACUAGAUAUUUUAGAUACAGCUGGUCAAGAAGAAUAUAGUGCUAUGCGAGAUCAGUAUAUGAGAACUGGUGAAGGUUUUCUUCUAGUAUUUGCUAUAAAUAAUACAAAAUCAUUUGAAGACAUUAGUAAUUACAGGGAACAGAUAAAAAGAGUGAAAGAUGCAGAGGAUGUCCCCAUGGUUUUGGUGGGUAAUAAAUGUGAUCUUCAAAGUAGAGCGAUAGAUGUUAAAGCAGCAUCUGAUUUAGCAAAACAAUAUGGUGUGCCAUUCAUUGAAACGUCUGCAAAAACUAGACAAGGUGUUGAUGAUGCAUUUUAUACUCUUGUCAGAGAAAUUAGGAAAGAUAAAGAACAAAGGUUGAGAGAAAAACGCAAAGCUAAACCCAGAAGAAAACGCAAGCAUUGUUACCUAUUCUAAAUAAACUAAAGAGCGGAAUUUUUUAUUUAAAUUUAAUUAUAAUUAAUAAAAAUCAUCAAAUGAAUAUGAUAUGUUUAUUAGUAUCAUAUGAAAUAUGACAACACACUUGAACAAUAAAAAGUGUGUUUUCAUAAUUUAAAAUAUCGUUAUAUGUAUUGCAUGUAUUGAUUAUAUUUCUUUGAAUGAUAAAAAUAAAAUAAUUUGGAAUCUGAUCAUUAGGAUUGACAUUCAAAGAAUAUACUGUGUACCCCUUCAACAAACUGACAUCUUGUUUUGAAAUCCAUUUUCAUUAUUGCUAUUUUUACUAUCACAUUACUAAUAAAAUAAAAAUAUAUAUAUUUAUAAUGUUAUUCAAUUAUCUAAAACAAUUUCCUGCCCCAUUUAUAUUUUUCAAAAUCGUGCUUCCAGUAUUCAUAGGAGCUAUUGAUUUGUGCAUAGGCUUUUACUACAAUUUAUUAUUAUUAUUAUUAUAUUAUUAUUAUUAUUAUUAUUAUUAUUAUUAUAACUAUUAUUAUUAUUAUUUUUAUUUUUUAGUCAAUAGGUAUUUGCAUUUGUUGUUAAACAUCAAAUAAACAAAUUAUCGAUCAUUCUAUUUUGAUCAUAAUAAUGAGCUGUUUUAGUA